UCGGCCACCGCACUCCCUGCCCCGCGCCGCGGAGCGCCCUGCUUCUUCGGUUGCGGGUGGGCUGUCGCCGUGGGCUAGCGUUUGCAUGUUCCCGCAUUAAAAUGAAAAGAUGUCCUUGUACGACGAUCUAGGAGUGGAGACCAGUGACUCAAAAACAGAAGGCUGGUCCAAAAACUUCAAGCUUCUGCAGUCUCAGCUUCAAGUGAAGAAGGCAGCUCUCACUCAAGCAAAGAGCCAAAGAACAAAACAAAGUACAGUGCUUGCCCCAGUCAUUGACCUGAAGCGAGGUGGCUCCUCAGAUGAUCGUCAAAUUGUGGACACACCACCACAUGUAGCAGCUGGGCUAAAGGACCCUGUUCCCAGUGGAUUUUCUGCAGGAGAAGUUCUGAUUCCCUUAGCUGAUGAAUAUGAUCCCAUGUUUCCUAAUGAUUAUGAGAAAGUAGUGAAGCGCCAAAGAGAGGAACGACAGAGACAGCGGGAGCUGGAAAGGCAAAAGGAAAUAGAGGAAAGGGAAAAGCGGCGUAAAGAUAGACAUGAAGCUAGUGGGUUUUCAAGGCGACCUGACCCAGAUUCUGAUGAAGAUGAAGAUUAUGAGCGGGAGAGGAGGAAAAGAAGUAUGGGCGGUGCUGCCAUUGCCCCACCUACUUCUCUUGUAGAGAAAGACAAGAAUGUAC